CGUGUACUUUAAAGUUGAGAAUCUCACGUUCAGUUCAAUUGUUGCUCUGUCAAAGAAUAGUUUAACUAAAAAGUCGAAAAUGCAAUACGCUCUGCUACUUGCCUUAGUUGGAUUUCUACUUGGAGCUGCAAAUGCCCAAUGGCCGGCCAACCAGAUAAGCGUCCAGGUGCAAAACGCUCAGAAGAUAAAUGCGAAGCUGCAAGAAAAACUCAACGAGCUGCAAAUCAAGUUGGCCGAGAAUCGUUACAAGGACGAGCUGAUUAAAUCCAUGCAAGAGACAAACAACUUUCUGACCAAGCAGUGCGGCACAACGUGCACAAGUGUGUCUGCCGUGCAAUUGAAGGACAAAAUCAGCGAACUGAAGGCCAACAUCGAGUCGUACAAGCAAAUGCUGAACAAUAAUCAAACCUCGCGGGUGAACGCUGCUCAGCAACAGCUGAAAAAAUGUCUCGGCCAACUGGUCCCGAAAAAUCCAGACUCAAGUGCACCCAAUACAGAGACAGUCGAGAAGCCUCAAGCGGCAGCAACCAGCUGCUUACCCAUGGGCUAUAGAUCAGGCUUGCAAACAAUCCAACUGCCUGGCAAUUCGCCGAUCACCGUGCUCUGCGAUGGCAGCACAGCAGGUCCUGGCUGGACGGUCAUCCAGCGCAGAUUCGAUGGCAGCGUGGACUUUUACAGAAGCUGGCAUGAGUAUAUCGAGGGCUUUGGCCAAAACAACUCCGAAUUCUUUAUCGGCUUGGAGAAACUCUAUCGCAUCACUAGCUAUCAGCCGCAUGAGCUGUAUAUCCACAUGGAGGAGUUUAAUGGAAAAACCAGCUUCGCUCGCUAUAGUCGUUUCGAGAUUGGCAAUGAAAUCGCAAAGUUCGAAUUGAAACAGUUGGGCAGCGUAACCGGCAGUGCCCAGGACAAGCUCUCCAAAAGUGUCCAGAUGAAGUUCACAACAUUCGAUCAGGACAACGACUCGAGUGCGGAUCAAAAUAAUGCUGUCCAUUACCAUGGUGCCUGGUGGUAUACCAAGGAUCUGUCUGGCAGCAGCAAUUUAAAUGGAAAGUAUUUUAACUAUGAAACCAGUAAUUAUCAAGGAAUGUACUGGAGUCGGGACAGAACUCUCAAAUCAGUUAAAAUGCUUAUUCGUCCGACCCAUGCGGCUUAAAUGAAGGAAAACAGCAUCUUUUUUUAUCACUUACAUUUAAAAAUCAAUUAAUAAAUUGCUGAAAAUGUCAA